GAGCUCGCCCCCACAGCUCCAGCUCCCCCAACCACCACGCGCCCAGAGCUCCAGCGCGUGUCGCUCCACCACCACCGCGCCAUGGCCCGCUACAACCCUUUCUCCUUCACCCCGGGGCCCGUCAAUGUCUUCGCCACGCUCGUCUACGUCGCCCUGUUCGCCGCCCUGCUGGUCGUCCAUCUGCGAGUGCCCAACUACCCGUCCAGCCCGCCGCCUGGCACCAACCUCACCGAAGCUUGGGAUGAUCUGCAACACAUCACCCGCCAGUUCCACCCCUACAACAGCCGCGCCAACGACCAUGUGCGUCAGUACCUGCUGGCUCGCAUCACCGACCUCGUCGCCGCCAAGAACCUGACCGCCCAUGACGUUGCCGUCGUCGACGACAACCUAUCCAAUGCCACCUUCUCGUCCAGCAACACUACCGUCUACUUUGAGGGGACCAAUCUCAUCGUCGCUAUCCGCGGAUCCGACGACGACGAGCCGUUCUUUGAUCCCAAUCAGUCCGCCCUGACCUCCUCCCGCCGUCCCAACAACGGCGGCGUGCUUGUCAACGCCCAUUACGACUCUGUGAGCAGCGGCUAUGGCGCUACCGACGACGGCGUCGGCGUCGUUUGUGUGCUUCAGCUACUGUCCUAUUUCACCGAGCGCGACAAUUGGCCCAAGCGAUCCAUCAUUCUCCUGCUGAACAAUGGCGAGGAAGAUUUCCUGAAUGGAGCAAAAGCCUUCAUGCGCCAUCCCAUCUCGAGGGUACCCCAUACCUUCCUCAAUCUCGAGGGUGCUGGCGCUGGUGGGCGAGCAACCCUGUUCCGCAGCACCGACACCGAGGUCACCAAGCACUAUCGCGCAUCCAAGCAUCCGUUCGGCACCGUCGUCAGUGCCGAUGGCUUCAAAAAGGGUCUCAUUCGCAGCGAAACCGACUACAAGGUCUUCUAUGGCGAACUUGGUCUCCGCGGCCUGGAUGUUGCCUUCAUGGAGCCCCGUGCUCGUUACCACACCGUCGAAGACUCAACACGUGAGACCUCACUCAAGUCGGUGUGGCACAUGCUCUCCGCCUCUAUCGCCACUGUGUCUGGCUUGGCAUCUGACACCAGUGACGAGUUCAAUGGCAGUGAGGAUAGACGCGAAGACGCCAAAGUCGACGCUGGCACUGGGAGCGAUGCAGUGUGGUUCGAUCUGCUUGGCCAAACUUUUGUUGUGUUCCGCCUGCAUACACUCUUUGCUCUUUGCGUCACCCUUCUUGUCGUCGCGCCGCUGACGCUUAUCGGUCUCACCUUCGGUCUGAGCAAAGCUGAUAAGAACUAUCUCUUCGCGCGCAAGAUUUACGUCCACUCGUCUGAUGACGACCAGCCCAUCUAUCUCCAUGGCUGGAAAGGCUUUUUCCGGCUACCCAUUGUCUUCAUCAUUGCCACAGCUGCCGUCGUUGCGCUUGCAUACCUUGUAGUGAGAGUAAACCCCCUCAUCAUCUACAGUAGUCCGUACGCUGUCUGGAGCAUGAUGAUCUCAACAUGGAUCUCGUUUGCUUGGUUCUUCUCACGUGGCGCCAGCGCAAUGCGCCCGUCUGCUCUCCAACGUAUCUAUGGUCUGAUCUGGCUUUUCGCUGGGAGCUUCAUACUUCUUGCUUUCGUUACUGUUCUUGUGAACAACUAUCAGCUAUCCGGCGGUUACUGGGCUUUGUUCUACUUUGCAGCCGUAUUUGCCGCUCUCCUUUUGUCUUAUUUGGAGCUUUUCUUCGCACCCAAGAAGUCGGCUUAUGCACAGACAUUCGAUAUCAUUGAAGAAGAUGUUCAGCCUCCUAGUCGACCACUUACCGGAAAUAGCGUGUCGCGAUCUGAAGAUCGCCCUCUUCCUGAUGACGAAGCCACCGAGACGACUUCCCUUCUGCGCGGCGAUCAGCGAAGCUUUGCCAGGACAAGGCACGAUAGUAGGCGUGGAUCUUCGGCCGAGGAAGACGAGCCUCGACCAUUAGAUCUUGGACAUCCGUAUCCUGGAGAACAAGAGUGGAGCGGAAAGCUACCGAGCUGGAUCUGGAUCGUGCAAUUUCUGCUACUCGUACCUAUCACUGUCAUUCUAGUUGGUCAGAUUGCCCUACUUCUCACAUCUGCGCUCUACCAGACGCCUUCGGAUGGAAACUCGUCACUCUUCAUUUACCUGUCCUUCGCCGCACUUGCUACUCUGCUAAUCGCGCCGGCCGGGCCAUUCGCUCACCGAAUCACGUACCACAUCCCCACAUUUUUAUUCCUGGUUUGCGUGGGAACCGUCAUUUACAACCUCGUGGCAUUUCCCUUCAGCAGGGAACAUCGCUUGAAAGUCUACUUUGUCCAACAAGUCAACCUAGAGACUGGUGUGAACACGGUAUCCCUGACCGGCGUGGACGGUUACGUCCAGCAAAUCAUUGACCAGCUGCCAAGCGCGCGAGGACAGAUAGUGAACUGCUCCACACCUGACGUGGUGACGCGCAAAGAGCUGAAGAAAUGCGAGUGGGAGGGACUUCCUGCCAAAGUCGUUGCAGAUGCAUCCCCAUUCAGCAAUCGCUCGCACUCUGAGAGUUGGCUUGACUACUCGGUUGAGAAGAGCAACAAAACCGGCGCGGCCACUAUUCGUGUUGUUGGGCAAAAUACACGAGCAUGUCGUGUUCUGUUCGAUACGUCGAUCCGGGAUCUGUCGGUAGCCGGGGGUGUCUCAGAUCCCCGCUUCAGGCGCACCAGCGAGCACGGCUCCCGCGAGGUGCGUCUGUGGCACCGAGAGUGGUCGCAACCCUGGAAUGUGAGCGUUUCAUGGAACGCUAAAGAGAAUUCAAAGCUUUCUGGAAGGGUCGUCUGUCUUUGGUCGGACGCGAAUACAGGCGACAUCCCUGCCUUUGAUGAGUUACAACACUAUCUGCCCGUUUGGGCUGUCCCAUCAAAGAUUAGCGACGGACUGGUGGAAGGCUACAAGCAUUUUGAGAUAUGAGGCCUGUUAUGAGCUUUGGCAUCCAGUCGCCCAGGCUGUUACCCAUCCUUGUUGUUGCAAAUCUUGUCUUGCUACGAUAUCCUGACUGCAAGCAUUUCAGCACGGCGUUUCUAGUCAUUUGCUUCUUCAGGCGUCAUUUGGUGCUUCAUGCGU